AUGACUGCCACCGACGUCGUCUCGCUGUUGAAGGCAAAGUUCGCAGCCAUCGAGAGUGCAAUCAACGGCGACCAGGAUUUCCAGAUCUCCGCGUCCAAGAUCUCUUCGCUGGCGUUUGCGGUCGCAUCAUCCGAACCCAGUGACGCGGUGAUCUUUUCAAUCCAAAAGGGAGUCGUUCGCGUCCACGAGGGAGCGGCCUCCGACGCCUCUUUUGCACUGUCUGCUCGACCCAAGGACUGGACCUUGUUCUUCACGGAGAAGCCCCCGAGGCCUCAUCAGUCAUACUGGGGUAUCCUGAGGGCCUUUGGAGAUCAGGAAGGCGUCGGCAUCUCGGGCGACGUGGCCGCAUUCGGGCGAAAUGCACGCCUGUGGCGGAUUGCGCUGGACCGCGCUAGGGAUGCUCAGAACGGCAUCGAGACCAAGAGCUUCGAGGAGAUUCCCUUCGAGGAACUCGACGAACUCGACGAAGAAGACUCGAUCGUCGGCCGCUACACCUGGGUCGACCUGCCCGUAUGGGGUCGAAGCAAAAUCUUCUACGAGACGGCGGGUUCGGGACCGCAGGAUUUACUCCUUCUCCACACAGCGGGCGCGGAUUCCAGGCAGAAUCACAGCUUGAUGAAUAACAAGCAGUUGCGAGAGAGGUGUACCAUGUACGCUUUUGACCUCCCGGGCCACGGGCGAUCUCUUCCCGGAUCGAAGCAAUCGCCUCAGGGCCAUGCGAAUAGCGAAGAGCCGUACGUGGCGGCCAUCGCCCAGAUCAUCCGUCGCCUGAGGUUGAGGAGUCCCGUUGUCUCGGGUGCUUCGAUGGCGGGACACGUCUGCCUCGCCUUGGCCAUGCGAGCCAAAGAAAUAGGCGUGGGCGGGGUGAUUCCACUCGAAGGGUGUGAGCACAUUCCCUUUACGCAGCCCAGCUACGAACUGGCAGCGGAUCUGAACGAGGCCGUCAUCAAUCCGGAACGCGUGUGCGGCAUGAUCGCACCCACGGCCCCGGAAUACUACAAGCGCCUGAUCUGGUGGAUCUACUCGAGCCAAGGUGUCGACAUUUUCGCGGGCGAUCUCAAGUUCUAUUUCCACGGCUGGAACGGGAAGGGCCGUCUGGAGUCCAUCGAUACGAAAGAGUGCCCGGUGUACAUGCUCACGGGCGAGUAUGACUACAGUUGCACGGCCGAAAUGAGUGCAGAGACCGCCCGCAAGAUCCCCGGGGCAAAGUUCGAGGAGAUGAAAGGGCUGGGACAUUUUCCCGCCACCGAGGAUCCGGUCGCGUUCUUGCCUUAUUUCACAAAGGCACUGGAUUUUGUUGUGGCCGAGCGGAGGAAACACAGACUGAAUGGUGUCAAUGGCGCCAAUGGUCAUUGA